GGACGACGAAGCGGAGGACGAGGAGGAAAAGGAGAGAAACGGAAACGAAAGAGGAAACGAUCGAGACGCGUCGAAAUCCUUGGAAAACAUGACGCAGCAAAGCGGGGCUGGGUCGCCCCAGCAGUUUUGUCUGAGGUGGAACAAUUAUCAAACGAAUCUGACGAACGUGUUCGAUCAGCUGCUGCAGAGCGAGAGCUUCGUGGACGUGACCCUAGCCUGCGACGGGCACAGCGUGAAAGCUCACAAGAUGGUAUUGUCGGCGUGCAGCCCGUACUUUCAGGCGCUCUUCUUCGAUAAUCCCUGUCAACAUCCGAUCGUGAUCAUGAAGGACAUCAAGUGGCCCGAGCUGAAGGCGGCCGUAGAGUUUAUGUACAAGGGAGAGAUAAAUGUGUCGCAGGAACAAAUCGGACCGUUGCUAAAGGUCGCGGAGAGCCUGAAAAUUCGAGGGCUGGCGGACGUAAACAGCGAGCAAGAGCUGACCUCCAGAUCGAGCCUAGAGGAGGCAGCGAACGCGGCGAUGCACAGGAAGAAGCGUCGUCGAAUAUCGGGCGAGAGAUCGCCGCCGGCGUGUAGUCCGGAUCGGAUCGCCUCCGGAAGCAUCCCCGACGAUCAAGACCCGAGCCAAGGCGGAGGAGGCGUGAUCGUACCCGACAUUCACAGCAUGCUGCCCAGCAGCUCGACUCCGCGAUCCCUCGGAUCCCCCGGCACGCCCAACGUCUCCGUCACGCCGCAGAUCAACCUUCAGGAACUUCCGGUAUCGCUGCCGCUGCCGCCACCGCCACCGCCGCCCCCUCAGGGCCAGCAGAGCUCGCACUCGAUAUCCGCUCACCACGUGCCUGGCCACGUGACUUCCGGUCCCCACGCCUCCGUCAACCACCUGACCGCUCACGGCCAGCAGCUCACCGUGCAGCAGCAACAGCAGCAACAGCAACAGCAGCAGCAGCAGCAACAGCAGCAACACCUUCAGUCGGGUGCCGGCGGUCAACCAGGUGCUCCCGGUGACGAUCUGGAGAUCAAGCCAGGCAUCGCCGAGAUGAUUCGCGAGGAGGAAAGGGCCAAGUUGUUGGAAUCGUCCCACGCUUGGCUCGGAGCCUCCACAUCGAGUAUAGCAGCAGACAGCUACCAGUAUCAGCUGCAAUCGAUGUGGCAGAAAUGCUGGAACACCAAUCAGAGCCUGGUGCACAAUCUGCGCUUUCGAGAACGUGGUCCACUCAAGUCUUGGCGACCAGAAACGAUGGCGGAGGCAAUCUUCAGCGUGCUGAAGGAAGGAUUGUCCUUGAGUCAAGCCGCGAGGAAAUACGACAUCCCGUACCCGACGUUCGUGCUGUAUGCCAAUCGAGUGCACAAUAUGCUGGGUCCCAGCGCCGAUGGAGGAGCCGAUCUCCGUCCGAAAGGUAGAGGCAGACCGCAAAGGAUUCUGUUGGGCGUUUGGCCGGACGAGCACAUUCGCGGAGUGAUUCGAGCCGUCGUGUUCCGCGACGGCCACUCUCCGCACAUGGUGAAGGAGGAGCCGACAUCGAUGUACCCGAGUUUGGCAAAUUACGCCGCUUGCAACGGUCCCGAAGGCGCGGUCAGCCCCGGAGCGGCAGCCGCGGCCGCGGUCGCUGCGGUCGCUCAAGGAUUGCGGCAUCAAAUGUGCAGCAUGGUAGCGGCGGCGCAUUCGCAGCAGCACGACAUAAUGGCGACAAAUCUGUCGACGAAUCUGUCGACGAGUCUCUCGUCGAACCUUCAGGCAGCGAUGCAGGCUAGCCAGCAUCAUCACAACAGCAACAACAGCGGUGCACCUGGCCUCGGUAGCAACAACGGUGGCGGAGGCGGUGGAAACAACGGGAACUCGCCGUUGAAUCUGGGCUUGGCCAGUCCAGGUUCCGGUGGUCCGCCGGAGAGCCCGAUGGAGAGUCCGCUGGCGAGUCCGCUCGGGCCUCUGAUGGAUCCCGGACACAUACCUAGCAGCGUGGAAGUUGGCAUCGGGGUCAGCGGUAUGACCUACAAGCCGGCGCGGAGCUUCGUCAGCCCGCGGCCGGAGAAUCUCUUCCAGGAGGACAUCACGGAUCUCGUGAAGAGUCCACACGGGCUAAAGGACAAGGACAAGAUCCCCGUGAAGCUGGAGCCGUUAACGGACUCGCGUUGCGAAUAGUAAGCGAGACUGGCUCGAGAUCGAACGAGCUAAACGUUGCCCGUUGGAUCGGCCCGACAGCGUCUCACUUCCAUCGCGAUCCUAACAGGCUUCCGCCGUUUCGUCGCGACCGCGUGACACCACACGCCUCACCGGUCGGCGAUACACGCGGAGGCUAGUCUCCGAGGAGGAGGCGAUACUCGCUAUACGGAUUAUUCGAACGCGUACGACCGCGUACGAUCGCGCGCGCGGCCAUCGGUUCGUCCGAUCGCGUGAGAAAGGGAAUAAAAUGAUAGAAAAAUGCAAACCGAGCGACACACGACGAAUCGAAUGCGGCGUUCGGUGUCUCGAACGGUCCGUAUUCCGACGACAUUCGUCCUCGCGACGACACACUGCAGUAUACCAGAGCGUUCUCGCGCGCGAGAUCGUUCGAGAUUUACAA